GGAGGACAGGGAGCGGACACAGAGGAGACCUGCGGCAAAUAACUGCACAAGAGUUGCAGGUUAACCCCGCGGCCGGGGGUUAGCGCCACGCCGACAUGGAUAAAGUUAUCAGCUGGCUGUUCGCCGCCGUCACGCUGCUGCUGUCCACGAGUGGGCAAGUUUACAAAGGCAACUGUAACUUUGAAAAGUCGCUGGCGGCGUGCGAGUACAGUCAAGGCAGAGAAGAUGACCUUGACUGGGAGCAGGCCAACACCAGAGACAAGCCUUCGUCAGAUCCGUGGAUGCCUUCAGGCUCAACUUUCAUGAUGGUGAACACUUCAGGGCGAUUUGCAGGACAGAAGGCCCUGCUGCUGACGCCUCAGCUGAAGGAGAACGACACCCACUGUGUCAUCUUCCACUACUACAUAGGAGGCAGAGACAACAGCCGGCCGGGCCACCUAAACGUCUACAUCAAAGAAAACAACAGUCCCAUGGGGAUGCCUGUUUGGAAUGUGUCCUCUUCAGCAACUCGCACCUGGGGACAGGUAGAGCUGGCCAUCAGCACCUACUGGCCCAGCUUUUACCAGAUUGUGUUUGAAGCUGUCACCUCAGGGCAGCGUGGUUUGCUGGCCAUCAAAGACAUUGUGGUCCAGGGCCAUCAGUGCAUGAACACCCCUCAUUUCCUCACCAUCAAAGGAGUGGAGGUCAAUGCUGGACAGACGGCAUCGUUUCAUUGCACCGUUAAUGGGCGCAAGAGGGACAACUUCCGCCUCUGGCUUCAAGGCAUCGGCGGACGAGAGGCACCCAUGAAAGCCACCAAACCUUGGAACAACCGCCGCUUCAUCGGCACUUUCGAUGUCGAGAACACAACCAAGGGCGACUCGGGCCGCUACCGUUGCAUAGUCCACUCGGACAAAGGGGUUGGAGUGUCCAAUUACGGGGAAUUAACCAUAAAACAGCCCCCUGUGCCCAUUGCGCCUCCUCAACUCACAGCGGUUGGCGCCACCUAUUUGUGGAUUCAGCUGAACGCCAAUUCCAUCAAUGGUGACGGCCCAAUCAUUCACAGGGAGGUAGAGUACCGCACUGUGUCUGGCACCAUGUACGACCUGCAGCCCGUCGACAAGACCACACACAAGAUCGGACACCUGGACCCAGACACGGAGUACGAGAUCAGCGUUCUCUUGACCAGACCUCUGGAGGGAGGCACCGGGGCCCCCGGACCUCCACUGAGGGCCAGGACCAAAUGUGCCGAACCCAUGCACGGUCCACGGAGGCUGGAGGUGGUGGACAUCCAAUCCAAGCAGGUGACGGUGCGCUGGGAGCCACUCGGCUAUAACGUCACCCGCUGCCAUAGCUACAACCUGACCGUUCAGUACCGCUCCAGAGUGGCCGGUAAGGAGGAGACCCGCGAGGAAGUGUGUUAUGACACGCAGAGCCGGGAUCCCCAGCACACGAUCCACAACCUGACUCCCUACACCAACCUCAGUGUCAAGCUGGUGCUGCACAACCAGGAGGGGGUCAAAGAGAGUGGUGAGCUUCAGCUGCAGACCGAUGAGGACGUGCCGGGGGCCGUUCCUCUGGAGUCCAUUCAGGGAAGUGCAUACGAGGAGAAAAUCAUCCUACAGUGGAGAGAACCAGCACAAACCUACGGGAUCAUCACUCAGUAUGAGAUCUCCUACAAGGCGGUGAGCUCUUUUGACCCCGAGCUGGAUCUGUCCAACCAGAGUGGGAAGGUAGUGAAGCUGGGCAACGAGACCACCCACAUGUUCACAGGCCUAUAUCCAGGCUCCACGUACUCCUUCACCCUGCGUGCGAGCACAGCCAAAGGCUACGGUUCCCCCGUCGUCACCCAGUUCACCACCAAGAUUUCAGCUCCAUCCAUGCCGGCGUAUGACCACGAGACCUCGCUGAACCAGACGGACACCACAGUCACCGUGCUGCUUAAACCGGCUCAGAGCAGGGGGGCACCUGUGAGUGCAUAUCAGGUGGUGGUGGAGGAGGAGCGUCCACGCAGAGUGCGCGGCACAGCCGAAAUCCUACGCUGUUACCCAGUUCCCAUCCACUUCCAAAACGCAACUCUCCUCAACUCCCAGUAUUACUUCACCGCGCAGUUCCUUGCUGCCGGCAUCCACUCAGCUCAGCCCUUCACUGUGGGGGACAACAAAACCUACAACGGCUACUGGAAUGCCCCUCUGCUGCCCCAGAAGAGCUACAGCAUCUAUUUCCAGGCUGUCAGCACAGCCAAUGGGGAGACCAAAAUCGACUGUGUUCGAGUGGCCACCAAAGCUGCCAUACUCGUGACUCAGCUCACGACCCCCUACGUCCGCAUUGUCCCAGCGGCCGGUGACAGCCAGCUAACAGGAGCAGCCACUCACAAGCCUGACGCGGUGGAGCCGGAGAAACAAACGGACCACACGGUGAAGAUCGCGGGGGUCAUCGCGGGCAUUCUUCUCUUCAUCAUCAUUUUUUUAGGAGUGGUACUCCUGAUGAAGAAAAGAAGAACCUAUCACUCCUACACUUACUACCUGAAACUGGCCAAGAAGCGCAAAGAGACGCUGAACAGCACGCGGCAGGAAAUGACGGUGAUGGUGAACUCCAUGGACAAGAGCUACACGGAGCAGGGCACGAACUGUGACGAGGCACUCUCCUUCAUGGACACGCACAACCACACACUGACCACCCGCAGUGAGUGUGCACUCACGCUCAACGCCCGCAGCGAGUGCAGCCUCACUCUCAAUGGAAGAGCUGGAUCGUCACCUUCUUCCUUCACGCUGCCCAAAGCCAACACUCUGAGCACCUCCAUUCCCACCAACUCAUACUACCCAGAUCCUUUCGUGCCGACUGCGAUCUUAGUGCCCAUUAAUGGAGCUGCUGCUUGCCACGCCCCCUCUCCCUUCAGAGAGGUGCCAUCUCCCUGUAUCGCUCCUACAGACCAUGUGGAUGAGAGCCAGAACAUGGGCAGUGACACCAGCAGCCUGGUGCAGUCGCACACUCACUCGCUGAGGAAGCGGGAGCCGGUCGACGUCCCAUACCAGACCGGUCAGCUGCACCCGGCCAUCCGUGUGGCCGAUCUCCUCCAGCACAUCACCCAGAUGAAGUGUGCAGAGGGCUACGGCUUCAAGGAGGAGUACGAGAGCUUUUUUGAAGGACAGUCUGCACCCUGGGACUCCGCCAAGAAGGAUGAGAACCGCAUGAAGAACCGAUAUGGGAAUAUUAUUGCAUAUGAUCACUCCCGCGUCAGGCUGCAGGCCCUGGAGGGGGAGCAGAGCUCCGAUUACAUUAAUGCAAAUUACGUUGAUGGCUACCACAGGCCAAAUCACUACAUCGCCACUCAAGGCCCCAUGCAGGAGACGGUCUUUGACUUCUGGAGAAUGGUUUGGCAGGAGAACAUGGCGGCUAUCGUCAUGGUGACCAACCUAGUGGAAGUGGGCAGGGUGAAAUGCUGUAAAUACUGGCCUGACGACACCGAGAUCUACAGAGACAUUAAGGUGACACUGAUCGAGACUGAGCUGCUGUCAGAGUACGUCAUCAGGACCUUUGCUGUAGAGAAGAGAGGGGCUCAUGAGAUCCGGGAAAUUCGACAGUUUCACUUCACUGGCUGGCCUGACCACGGCGUGCCCUACCACGCUACGGGCCUGCUGGGAUUCAUCAGGAGAGUUAAGUCCAAGACACUGACCAACGCUGGGCCCAUGGUGGUUCACUGCAGUGCCGGCGCCGGGCGGACAGGCUGCUUUAUCGUUAUAGACAUCAUGCUGGACAUGGCGGAGAGAGAAGGUGUUGUGGACAUUUACAACUGCGUGAGAGAGCUGCGCUCACGGAGGGUCAACAUGGUCCAGACAGAGGAGCAGUAUGUCUUCAUCCAUGAUGUCAUUUUGGAGGCGUGUCUCUGUGGCGACACCACCAUUCCAGCCAGUCAGCUGCGCUCGGUCUACUACGACAUGAACCGCUUGGACCCACAGACCAACUCCAGCCCCAUUAAGGACGAGUUCAGGACUCUGAACAUGGUGACUCCCACACUGCGAGUGGAAGACUGCAGCAUCGCUCUGCUGCCCAGGAACCACGAGAAGAACCGUUGCAUGGAUGUACUGCCUCCAGAUCGCUGCCUCCCUUUCCUGAUCACCAUCGACGGGGAGAGUUCCAAUUACAUCAACGCCGCCCUCAUGGAUAGCUACAAACAGCCAUCUGCAUUCAUCGUCACCCAGCAUCCUUUGCCAAACACGGUGAAAGACUUCUGGAGAUUGGUGCUGGAUUACCACUGCACAUCUAUAGUCAUGCUCAACGACGUGGACCCAGCCCAGCUGUGCCCACAGUACUGGCCAGAAAACGGAGUGCACCGCCACGGACCCAUCCAGGUGGAGUUUGUCUCUGCUGACUUGGAGGAGGACAUCAUCAGCAGAAUAUUCAGAAUCUACAACGCAGCACGGCCCCAGGACGGCUACCGUAUGGUGCAGCAGUUCCAGUUCCUGGGCUGGCCCAUGUACAGAGACACGCCCAUGUCCAAACGCUCCUUUCUCAAGCUGAUUCGGCAGGUGGACAAGUGGCAGGAGGAGUACGACGGGGGCGAGGGCCGCACUGUGGUCCACUGUCUGAACGGAGGCGGCCGCAGUGGGACGUUUUGUGCCAUCAGCAUCGUGUGUGAGAUGCUCCAACACCAGCACUCCGUGGACGUUUUCCACGCUGUCAAAACACUGAGGAACAACAAACCCAACAUGGUGGAACUACUGGACCAGUACAAAUUUUGCUAUGAAGUGGCACUGGAGUACUUGAACUCUGGGUAAUGAAGAGACUUGACUUUUUGGGGUG